GACCCCCAGCUGAUUAUGAUACCGAGUAUGGUUGCCCCAAUAACCUGCCCUGGACCCCAGCUGACUAUAGCCGAGCUGUUGAGCAAGCGAAAAAGUUAGGGCUGCGCUUCACUGCGCCUGACCUAACGGUGAAAAUGGGUUCGAGUUGGUGGCUCUAUCGUCCGAACAAUGCUGUUGCAAACUUCAGUCUGACCUGCCCCUACCCCGAAGAGAAUUUCACUGAGAACACCGUCACAUUGGCGACUCUGUUCACCAUUAAUGUGGACGGCACGUUCUACAACCCGAUCAUCGAUCCAGCUGACCUUGGUGACAUUAACUAUGGCUCCAUGCUGCUUCGUCCUCCCCGCGGGAUUGCU